AUGUCGCAGCUGAAAACCACCAGAACGGCAACUUUAGAAAUUGCCUACUACGAGCAUGGCAAAUCUACAGGCUGGCCGGUCGUUCUUGCUCAUGGAUUUCCGUAUGACAUUCAUGCCUACGACGAAGUGGUCCCUCUCCUCGUUGCGCAGGGGGCCCGAGUGAUUGUCCCAUAUUUGCGAUGCUUUGGGCCCACGCGCUUCCUUUCGCCACAUACUAUGCGGACAGGACAACAAGCUGCACAAGGGGCAGAUCUGAUCGCCUUGUUAGACUCGCUGGGCAUUGAGAAGGCGGUUCUUGCGGGGUUUGACUGGGGCGGUCUAGCUUCUUGUGUGGCCACGGCUUUAUGGCCAGAUCGAGUUACGGGGCUUGUGAGCUAUGCUGGCUACGACAUUAUCGAUCGAGCUGCGCAGAAGGAGCCAUGUGAGCCGGCUUUGGAGAGUGUCGUGUGGUAUCAACAUUUGUUCCAGAGCGAUAGGGGAAGAAAGUGUUUGAGCCGGGAUCGAAGGAGUCUCUGCAAACUGCUCUGGAAGCAAUGGUCACCAAAUUGGUCAUUCAGCGACGAACUUUUUGAUCGCACUGCUUCCUCUUUUGACAAUCCUGACUUUGUCGAUGUUGUCAUACAUACCUAUCGGUUUUGUAUGGGAAAUGCUGACGGCGACCCGGAAUUGGAGGAGCUUGAACGGAAGUUGGCAGCAUAA